AUGGCGGCCGGGAAGAAGCAGCAGCAGGAAGAGGGCGCGGUGUCUGCCGCGGCGACGGAGCCGCCGAGCGUGGCGCGGCGGCUGUGGCGGGUGGUGCGCGCCGUGCUGUACAUGCUGCGCCGUGGCCUGCCGUCGGGCCGCAAGCUGGCCAUGGACAUCCACCUCCUCCUCCACCGCGGCAAGAUCGCGGCGGGGAAGGCGCUCGGCGACCGCUUCCUCGCCUCCCACCACGGCCACGGCGCCUUCUCCUACGCUUCCGGCGGGGCCAGUGUGGCGGGGCCGUUCUCGUGCGGCGCGCUGGACCCGAGCCUGGCGGUGCACGAGCCCUCGCGCAGGCGGCGCGAGGUCGAGUUCAGCUGCAGCAACACGCCGUCGUCGGCGUCAGGCGGCGGGGGGCUCGGCCUCCUCGGCGCCGCCGCCAGGCGCCGGCGCCGACGCCGGAGCAGCCGCCAGCAGCAGCACCGGGACGAGGCGGAGGCUAGCAACGGGUACCUGAUGCAGUACUACAGCGGCUACGACGCGGCCGAGGUGGCGCGGGUGCUCGAGAUGCUCAGCGACGAGGACGACCGCCGGCUCUUCAGCGACGACGCCGUGCCGGUGCCGGGCGCCUCCUCCUCCGCGACUCCAUCGCCGGCGCUGCGCCUGGCGGCGGCCGCGGGCAGCAGGCAGCAGCAGUCGCGCAUCGCCGCCACCGGGUCGUCGCCGGCGGACGGCGGCGCUGCCCAGGUGGACCGGCGCGCGGACGAGUUCAUCCGGCGGUUCUACGAGCAGCUGCGCGCGCAGAGGAGCGCCGCGUCCACCCCCGACUACUACGGCUACGCGGCCUCCGGGGCCAGCCCGACCCCCUACGGCGCCGCGCGCGCGCCUCGGGCCGUCACCGCCGGCAUCGCGUAG